UUGUUUUAGUAAUAAAUAUUUUUGACGAAAAUACCCAUAUAUAUAUAUAUAAAAGCAACCAUUCAUUUCCUUAUCCAUAUCCGUUUGACAUGGCUUCCUCUCUCCUGCUUCCAGUGGGUUGUGCAUUUUCUAGAAAUUUUAAAGCUAAGCAUUCUGCAAAUGUGGGAACCAAGUCCAGGAGUGUAGUAGUUGUGCAAUGUUCAUCUUCUUCUUCAAGAACUGAUAGGGUUUGUCGAAGGGGAUUGAUAGGGUUCAUCACUAUGUUUGGUGCUUCAAGUCACUUGCUCUAUUCUAAGGAGGAGGAUGUUGCAGCUGAAGGAGCUGGCCUGCCUCCAGAGGAAAAACCGAGACUAUGUGAUGAUGAUUGCGAGAAAGAUCUUGAAAAUGUAGCAAUGGUAACUACAGAAUCUGGGCUGCAGUAUAAGGACAUUAAGGUUGGUGCAGGACCUAAUCCACCAAUUGGUUUUCAGGUAGCAGCAAAUUAUGUUGCCAUGGUACCAUCUGGGCAGAUAUUCGAUAGUUCGCUAGAGAAACGACAGCUCUAUAUCUUCAGGGUUGGGUCUGGUCAGGUGAUUAAGGGACUUGAUGAAGGGAUUCUCAGUAUGAAAGUUGGAGGAAAAAGAAGAAUUUAUAUUCCAGGGCCAUUGGCAUUUCCGAAAGGUUUGACUUCGGCCCCUGGAAGGCCACGAGUGGCUCCAAAUAGCCCGGUUGUUUUCGACGUGAGUUUGGAGUAUAUACCAGGUCUUGAAGAAGAGGAAGAAGAGUAGGAUAAGUGGAUAACUGUAUCUCUUCUUUCUAUCAACUCCCUGUAAAAAAGAUGCUACUUAAUUUUUAAACACAAGAUUGAUUUAAACGAGAGGUUUGAGGUUGGUUGAUUA